AUGGCUCAGUUCUUUGGAGACAUGAAGGAGAAAUGCUCACAGAGUGUGGUGAUCAAGGACAUGGAGGCUGCGGUGUUCAAGGCCCUGCUUCACUACAUCUACACUGACACUGUGGCUGAAUUCGACGAGAAGGGUGAGGAGGUGACAAUGUUAGCCCAGCACUUGCUUGCAGCUGCUGACAGAUACGGGCUGGACAGGCUCAAGCUGAUCUGCGAAGGCAAGCUCUCUGAUGGCAUCAAUGUCGACACUGCAGCGACGUCUCUGGCUCUUGCCGAGCAGCACAACUGUCCACGGCUCAAGGCGAAGUGCGUCCAGUUCAUCAUUAGAAAUCGUGAGGUUCUUGAUGCUGUGUUGGCAACGGAGGGGUACAAGUACCUGGCGGCAAGCUGCCCUUCGGUGUUGGCUGACCUUCUCAAGUCGAGCCUGCGCGUCGGAUAA